GUAUGGCUUUGUGGAGUUUGAUGAUCUGCGAGAUGCAGAUGAUGCCGUUUAUGAGCUAAACGGUAAAGAUCUCUGUGGGGAGAGAGUGAUCGUCGAGCAUGCCAGAGGCCCACGUCGUGACAGCAGUUACGGUUCUGGACGCAGUGGAUAUGGUUAUAGAAGAAGCGGAAGAGAUAAGUACGGUCCUCCUACCCGUACAGAAUACAGAUUGAUUGUGGAAAAUUUGUCAAGCCGCUGCAGUUGGCAAGAUCUUAAGGAUUAUAUGCGUCAGGCAGGGGAAGUGACAUAUGCAGAUGCACACAAAGGAAGGAAAAAUGAAGGUGUGAUUGAGUUCAAAUCCUAUUCUGACAUGAAAAGAGCCCUUGAAAAGCUGGACGGGACAGAAGUAAAUGGCAGAAAGAUUAGAUUAGUGGAAGACAGACCUGGAUCAAGACGGCGCCGCUCUUACUCCAGAAGCCGAAGCCAUUCGAGGUCUCGCUCUCGAAGCAGGCAUUCUCAUAAGAGCAGGAGCCGCAGUGGCAGCAGUAGCCUAGAUCGAGAUCCAGGUCUGUGUCCCGUUCCAGAAGCAAGAGCCGUAGUCGAAGCAAGAGCCGUAGCAGAGGCCAAAAAGAGAAAAGCAGGACUCCAAGUAAAGAGGAUAAAAGUAGGAGCCGCAGCAGGAGUGCAGAGAAAUCCCGAAACAAAAGUAAAGAUAAAUCUGAGGGCACUCUCCAUAACAGUGAUGAGAAAGGAAAGAGCAGGAGCCGCAGCAAGGAAAACAGUAGGAGCAGGAGUGAGAGUAAGGACAGGGGAGAGACAAGGGAGAGCGUGAGGAGUAGGAGCAAGGAGAAGAGUAGAAGCAAAGACAGGGAGAAGAGCAUUAGCAAGGCUAGAAGCAGGAGCAAGAGCAGGGAUGAGAGUAGGAGCAGGAGCCACAGUAAGGAUAAAAGGAAAAGCAGGAAGAGAAGCAGGGAUGACAGCAGAAGUAGAAGCAGGAGCCGCAGCAAGAGUGAGAAAAGCAAGAGGCGCAGCAAGCGAGACAGCAAACCAAGUAGC